AGAGAUCUGUGUUGUAUACUUUGUUAACUGUUUUCGGUAAAUAAGAGUUAGACAGUGUGAGCCCCUGUUUCGAGAAAUAGAUUUCGUCGUCUGCUUUGACAGCGCCUUUCUCGCGUAGAGAGAGCCUAAAUCGUCUCGCAACGCGUAGGGUGCAAUGAGCGAAAGGUCUUCGAACAUUUCGACUUCCUCGACGAGUCCUCUAACUGAACUCGAUUCGACCACAUGCAUUAAUAACGUAGACUUGCUAAGCGGUGGCAAAGGCAAGGCCAAAGUCGGACAACCUAUCAAGAGGCCUGGCACCCGCUAUGAAAGAGCCGAGAAGUCUCCGAACCGUGACAAGGUUCAGAAUCAGCCUUCGAGGAAUUCUACCGCCCAAAACAACGGCGGAAACAAGCCUGGCGCCAGUAACUCGAGGUUUUCGGCUGAGUCGGCAAAGGUUCAGAGGCAUAAAGAGAAGGAUAAAGAUGACAAAAGAAACAUUGAAUAUCUCAAAAAGGAGCUGGAAAUGGAUGAGCACAAGAUUGCUCUGGAAAAACUGUAUCAGAGACUAGGAACUAACCCAGCAACUGGCUUAAGCGCUAAGGCAGCGAAGCAACGCUUAAAAAGAGACGGCCUUAAUACACUGACUCCACCGAAGAAGACAUCAGAAUGGGUAAAAUUUUUUCAUCACCUUUUUGGAGGGUUUUCCCUGCUUCUUUGGGCAGGGGCGAUAUUAUGCUUUAUAGCUUAUACGAUACAGGAGAUGAAUUCGCCUGUAGCAUCAGCCAAAGAUAAUUUCUAUCUCGGAGUCGUUUUAGCAUCUGUCGUGAUUAUAUCUAGCGCUUUCUCAUACUAUCAGGAAUCAAGCUCGUCGAAAAUUAUGGAAUCAUUUAAAAAGAUGAUUCCGCAGCAUGCUAUGGUUGUCAGGGAUGGUCAGAAGUUACAGAUUCUUGCAGAAGAAUUAGUCGUCGGAGAUAUUGUCGAAAUAAAAGGCGGUGACAGAGUUCCGGCAGACUUACGGAUUAUAGAGUGCACCAGCCUCAAGGUAGACAACUCUUCAAUCACAGGCGAAUCGGAACCACAGCCCGCCAGUGUUAAGAUGAUGAAUCCAAAUCCAUUGGAGGCUAAAAACAUCGUGUUCUUUUCGACAAAUUGCUUGGAAGGAGUUGGACGAGGUGUAGUGAUUUACACCGGCGACCGCACAGUUGUAGGACGAAUCGCCAAUUUGGCCGAAGGUCUUCAGACAAACCAAACUCCGAUCGGUCGCGAGAUAGCACAUUUUAUUCACAUCAUUAGCACGUUUGCCAUCGCUCUCGGGAUAACUUUUUCUAUCAUUGCCUUAAGCAUGGGCUAUUUUUGGUUGGACGCGAUUGUCUUCCUGAUAGGAAUCAUCGUUGCAAACGUACCCGAGGGCCUUCUGGCAACGGUAACAGUGUGCUUAACGCUCACUGCUCAACGGAUGGCUGCCAAAAAUUGCCUUGUAAAAAACUUGGAAGCUGUUGAAACUCUCGGCUCGACCUCAACCAUCUGCUCGGACAAAACCGGCACGUUGACGCAAAAUCGUAUGACUGUGUCGCAUAUGUGGCUCGACUACAAGAUCAUAGACUCCGACACGAGAGAGUCGGGUGUCGGCAUGAGAUACGACAACGCAUCAGUUACGUGGCGAUUACUUACUCGCGCUUGCAUGUUAUGUUCGCGAGCAGAAUUUAAGCCUGGACAGGAAAAUGUACCGAUACUCAAACGGGACUGCACAGGUGAUGCAUCUGAACAAGCGAUACUCAAGUGUAUGGAACAAAGUGUUGGUGACGUGGCGGGCUACCGAAAACGUAAUCGCAUGGUUUAUGAAGUACCAUUCAAUUCGAGCAAUAAGUACCACGUUACCAUUCAUGAGCCACACAGCGCCGAUCUGCCCGUAAUUAACAACACUUCAAAUGAAUCGGAUUAUAUUACUUACAGCCUCUGCAUGAAAGGUGCUCCUGAAAGAAUUAUCGAACGCUGUUCAUCGAUUGUUAUCAAUGGCGAGGAAGUUAUUCUAGACCAUGCUGCCAGGUCGGCCUUUCAAAACACUUACAAAACCCUGGGCUCUUAUGGAGAGCGUGUGCUUGGCGUCUGCGAUUACGAGCUGCGUGCCCGCAAAUACCCUAAAGGUUAUAAGUUUAAUAGUGAGAAAGAGAACUUUCCUCUAACGAACCUUCGUUUUCUCGGUCUCGUUUCGAUGGUUGACCCUCCUCGUGCUGCUGUCCCAAAUGCUGUUGCCAAAUGCCGAUCGGCUGGAAUUAAGGUCAUCAUGGUAACCGGUGAUCACCCAAUCACAGCAAGAGCUAUCGCUAGAGCAGUCGGAAUAAUCUCUGCUGACAAUGAAACGAUCGAAGAUAUAGCUGAGAGGUACGAAAUACCCAUCAAUGAGUUAGACCCCCUAGAAGCAGAUGCCGCUGUUAUCCAUGGCGAAAAACUUCGUACGAUGACCAAUGAGGAACUUGAUACGAUUAUAAAUCGUUUCGACGAGCUCGUAUUUGCUCGUACAUCUCCCCAGCAGAAGCUGAUCAUUGUUGAGAGUUGCCAACGGCAAGGGCACGUGGUGGCUGUAACAGGCGACGGCGUAAACGACUCGCCAGCGCUGAAGAAGGCGGAUAUCGGUAUUGCAAUGGGCAUUACAGGAUCGGACGUAUCAAAACAGGCCGCUGAUAUGAUUCUUCUCGAUGACAAUUUUGCCUCGAUUGUCACGGGGGUUGAGGAAGGUCGAAUAAUUUUUGACAACUUGAAAAAGUCGAUUGCGUAUACACUUACGUCGAAUAUUCCCGAAGUAACACCGUUCCUAUUUUUCAUCGUUAUAAGCAUGCCCCUUGCUCUGGGUACAUUUACGAUACUUUUCAUCGAUCUCGGUACUGACUUGGUUCCAGCUAUUUCGCUUGCCUACGAACAAGCCGAGUCUGAUAUCAUGACACGUGCUCCGCGAAAUGCCCAACGAGAUCGACUAGUUAACGAAAGGUUGAUUUCAAUGGCUUAUGGACAGAUUGGCAUGAUUCAAGCAGCAGCUGGUUUUUACUCGUAUUUCUGCAUAAUGGGUGAAAAUGGAUUUUGGCCGUCGCGUCUAAUAGGCAUCCGCAAGCAGUGGGAUGCGAAACACGUAAAUGACCUUGAGGAUUCGUAUGGUCAAGAGUGGACCUUCCCUAAGCGUAAGGCACUUGAAUACACCUGUCACACGGCCUUUUUUGUAACAAUUGUCGUUGUACAAUGGGCCGAUUUGAUUAUCUGCAAGACUCGACGCAAUUCGCUUAUCCACCAGGGAAUGCGCAACCACGUAUUGAACUUUAGCCUGCUAUUCGAAACGGUGUUCGCUGCCUUCCUAACAUACUGCCCCGGUAUGGACAAAGCUUUAAGGAUGUAUCCCCUGAAUGCACUUUGGUGGUUCUAUGGACUACCGUUUGCACUAGUGAUUUUUGUAUUUGAUGAGGUUCGCCGAUACAUCCUUCGCAACAACCCGGGUGGAUGGGUUGAGGGCGAGACAUUUUACUAGUAAUCGUUUUUCCGUAAUAAUGUUUUCUAUGUUUGAGUACAUUUA